GUUAGAAACUAGAAGCUACGGCAUUACGCCAUUACCUUUACGAAGUACGACUAUUACUUUAGCCGGAACUGAGAGCUCUAGACAGCCUUGUUUUGGCCAGCGGCCACUGCGGGCUCCAACUAAUUUGCCGAAGGGGUUUAGGGGCGGAAUAGAGCGACCGUCGAAUUUGAUUUUCCAUUUUGCGAACUGUGGGAAGCAGUGGAAGCCUGAAAGGUCGGAGUCUAUUCGUCAAGGCGUCCGCAGGAUUCAGAAGAACAUGCCAUCAAGCCAAAUUUCUCCGGACUCCCGAAACGACAAACCAAUCAACACAACUGAGGCAUCUGUGGCGGAUGAUGGUUCAAUUUCUGCAUCGGGCAAUGAUAACAAGAAAGUGUCCCGUGAAGAUAUUGCGCUAGUUCAGAACUUGAUCGAGAGGUGUUUGCAGCUGUAUAUGGAUAAAGAUGAAGUCGUUAAAACGCUCUUAAAUCGUGCUAGGAUCGAUCCUUCAUUUACAAGUCUAGUGUGGCGGAAAUUGGAAGAAGAAAAUGCCGACUUCUUUCAAGGAUACUACAUAAGAUUGACACUGAAAAAGCAAAUCAUACUGUUCAAUCAGUUGCUUGAGCAACAAUAUCAUCUAAUGAAAUAUCCCCCGAUACUUACAUCGGCUUCUUUGGAGAAUUCAAAUAAUUGCUCCACAGCCACCAAUCUACCUACGGGGUAUCCUAUCAUGCAGCAACCUCCAAUUCCAGCAGCUUGUCAUUCUUAUGUUGAUCCAAUGAUGAUGUCUAGUUGCCAAGUGGUUAAUGGGAUGCCUGCACUCAACGACUACCAUCCUAUGCAUAUGAAAUCGGGGAACAAUAUGGUGAUAGAAUCAGAUGUGGCCGCAGUAGCUGUUCCACAUAGCAAUGGUUAUUCAGCUAUGAUAGAUACACCCAUAACCCCAUCAUCAGUGGUUUCAAGUGGUCACCAUUUCCCCUUUACCACCCUUGACACCACAUUUAUAUCUGACAUUGUGACCACAGCUGGGUUGCAACUCCCCUCAGAUUAUUGUGCUGGAAGUUACAGGAAUAACACCCUUCGGUCCUUGGAUCACUAUCCUUGGAAUUUUAAUCUUUCAGACUUAUCAGAAGAUUUACCCAACUUAGAAGUGGGAAUUGUUACCCUAAUAGCUGAUAUAGGAGGUCUUGGGAACCACCACCAGUCAUCACCCUUUUUGCAUUCUGAUUCAGAUAUUCUACUUGAUUCUCCAGAGCAAGGUGACUCUGUGGAGGAAUUCUUUGUUGAUUUCUCCUUAGGGCCAACAUGUUCUCAAACUGAUGAGAAGUUACCAUAAUUUCAUCGGAUCGAUCAAUGCAGAGUUGCAUAGAGCAUGGGAAUACAAAUCAAAGCACCAGAUGACUUCACUUACGGUCGUUAAAUCAUGUCUCAGAAUGCUUUCCUUAAUAUUGACUAUCUUGUUUAGCCAGUUAUCUCAGGAAUGUACUAAAUCAUAGUGACUGUUUUGUUUUGCUAGUUAUCUCAGGAAUGUAGUAAAUCAUAGUGUCUGUCUUCUAUAUUGGUAUUGGCCAUUGACUGUCUUGUUUUGCUAGUUAUCUCAGGAAUGUAGUAAAUCAUUGUGUCUGUCUUCUAUAUUGGUA